GAUUUUUCGCCGGGUUUGAGAAAGAGGCUUCGCGGAUGGGGAGGGAUAGAGACUGGGCUGAGUAAAAGACCUUUGCUGGAGCUGAAGGGCCGAAAGGUGUCCUUUGACCCCCGCGAGGAGUCACGUGGGCUGCCGGGGGCGGGGGCAGAAAUGCUGGUUAAGUUCCUUCCGGGUCGGAGGUGGAAACGUGAACUCCGUGGAGAUAGUUCCUGGUAUACUAGUCUUGGGUGCAUCUUCCUUGUCCCAGCGCGAGGUGGUUGUGGUUUCGGCGAUGAGCUCCCAGAAAGGGAACGUGGCUCGUUCCAGGCCUCAGAGGCACCAGAAUACGUUUAGCUUCAAAAAUGACAAGUUUGAUAAGAGUGUUCAGACCAAGAAAAUUAAUGCAAAACUUCAUGAUGGAGUAUGUCAGCAUUGUAAAGAAGUUCUUGAGUGGCGUGUAAAAUACAGCAAGUACAAACCCUUAUCAAAGCCUAAAAAAUGUGUUAAAUGUUUACAAAAGACAGUGAAGGAUUCUUAUCACAUAAUGUGUAGACCAUGUGCCUGUGAUCUUGAAGUCUGUGCCAAAUGUGGAAAGAGAGAAGAUGUUGUUAUUCCGUUUAAUAAAGAACCAGAAAAGACAGAAAAUGUUGAAAAUAAUCUACGUUCCAGCCACAGAAGAAGCAGAAGAAAUGAAGAAAGUGAUGAUGAUUUAGAUUUUGAUAUUGAUUUAGAAGACACAGAAGAAGACAAUCAAAUGGAUUGAUAUAACUAUAUUAAAAGACAGUUUGAAAGCAUGAAAUUCUGAACAACUUUGAUUUUGAGGGUUUAAAAAAAAAAUACUGUGGACUCCUAGUAAGGACAUUGGAAAAACCUAUAGAAAAUACAUGGACAAUGUGAAUUGAAUUGUGUAUGAUAUUUGAAUAGUGAUAAAGCUUUCAUCCAGAGUUUUCUUAUAAUACAUUUUUAAGUAGCAUAUGCUAGUAUAUCUGCCAAAAUGAGUAUUGGAGUAUCGUAUUGCAGUUCAUGGGAAUUAUUUAGAAGAAUAUACUAUCUAGUAUCAAGCAAGAUUCAGAAUUGAUGGUUGUAUAGAAAAUAUCUCAUGGAAAAAUCAGAUGACAUUAUUAUGUUGCUAGCCUCAAAAAUUGGUCCUCAGGAGGUACCUUUUGAAAGAUUGAUCUCAGGUUAAUGUCCCACAUAACAAAAGCCCUCUUGCUUUCGCUUGCUUGUUGUAAAGCAAAAUGUUUAUUGUUUUUUAAUAAUAAUGUUUAACAAGUAUAUAGCAGUUUUUCUUUGAAAGUGUUUUUAUGUAUCUUAUCAUAUUAUUUUUACCUUUUUUCACUUACGAAAUUUAC